AUGAAGAGACUCGGACAAGCUCUGAUCUUGAUUUAUUGGUUAACUCUACUUUAAAAUACAUCUGCAGCCUCGAACUCUCUAAGUGUUUCGAAUGCUGCUUGUUCAUGCACAUAACUUCUAACUGAGAAAGAAUGCAGAGAACGUAAAUGCUAUUGGAACAACAAAAAAUGCUCUGUUUUAACAAUAAACACUACCAAUUAUUGCGAUUCGAUAGGGAUAGAUGUCUGUAAGAGUACACCUGGUUGUGCUAAUGUCUCAGAGAAGUGUGUUUCUUUUUCGGGAUGCAGUGCCUACUAAUACACAACCAAUGAAACUUGCUAAAACAUCUCAAUCAAUUGUACAACUGAUGGAGAAUAGUGUAUCGAAUUAGAUAAGUGCAGUAGUUACACAAAUCAGGUGAGUUGCGUGAAGGAUGAAAACGGGAAGUUUUGUUAUUGGAGUACUGAAAAAAGUGUAUGUCAAUUGCCAACAACUUGUGACCUAUUGCCAAUUACUUUGAAUUCCGAUUUAUUGUGUAGAGCUCAGAUUAGUAGUUGUACAAUGAAAGAAGGAGGUGGAUGUGAAGCAAGUGGAGAGAAAUGCGAAAACCAAAAAUUGGAAGGUGCCUGUGUCACAAGUUUAGAUUAAAAAAAGAAUUGUAUUUGGGAUGCAAAUCAAUGCAAAGAGAAAACUUGUGUAAAUGCCCCUAUAACCAAUAUUACUCAUGAAUUAUGCACUACCUAUUUACCCACAUGUACCGUAAAUGACACUUUAAAUGGAUGUCAAGACAGACCAGUUACAUGUUCAACAGCAAAGAUCCAAAAUAAUUGUGUAAUCAAUAGUGCUGGUCAAAAUUGCUAUUGGAAUAAAAACAAUUCUAAAUGUGAAGACAAGAAUUGUGAUAAUGCCACCGAUGAUUACACUACUCAUGAUAUGUGUUAGUCGUGGUUGAGUACGUGCACCCUUAAAACUGGAGGAGUAGGUUGUUAGACUAAAUUGACUGAUUGCACAAAAUAUACCACUUCUAAUCAAUGUACAAAGACCUUAGCAGGAGAUGAUUGCUUUUGGUAUGACACAAAAUGUCUAUUAAAAUCAUGUGCCAAUGCUCCAUCAACUAAUGUUAAUCAUGAGAUGUGUUCAUCAUUUUUACCUUCUUGUACUGUUCAAAUCGACUUAACUGGUUGUGAGACCAAAAAGGCCACCUGUUCAUUGUACACUAAAGAGGACCAAUGUAUAUCCUAAUUGGAUGGCAAGUUAUGUAUAUUCUAGAAUGAGGCUUGCAUAGAGAGAGUUUGCGCUAAUGCUUCUGAAGACUUAACAAACGAAUAAGAGUGCAAGAGAUUUUCUCCAACUUGUAUGGUCAAAUCUAGUUACAAAGGAUGCAUUUUACAAGAAUGCAAAAAUAUCGAUACAAAGGAUCGUUGUUCAUUAGAUUACUAAAACAAAUAAUGUUAUUAUGGAUUGCAAUGUUAAUUAAGAAGUUGUGCUAAUGCUCCAACUACAUAUAAAACAGAUGCAGAAUGUAGAUCUUUUCUCAAUGAAUGCACAGUCAAUGAGGAACUCAAAGGAUGUAUUGAGAGACCCUCCUCGUGUGAUAAAUUGAAUGAAUAGUAAUGUACUAGAUUAACAGAUAAUGUAACAAAAUGUAGUUGGAAUGAUGAUGAUGAAAAUAAUAAGGCAUGUAGAAUCUUGAAUUGUUCAGACAUUACACCAGGAGCAUAAACAAAUGAUACUUGUAGUACCUUUGAUCCAUCCUGUACAGUUGCUGACAAUCCAAGUAUAUGUAUGGCUAAACCAUUGGGUUGUUCAUUGAUUGUCAAUAGAGAACAUUGUUUUGGAGUAAUACUGUCAGAUAUGAAAUCAACUUGUAGUUGGGAUAAGGACCAAGAACUAUGCAGAGAUCGUUAAUGUUCAGAUGCUGAUUCAACCCUAAAGACAGAAACUGAAUGUAGAAAUUACUUAGCCACUUGCACACUCAGUUCUACUGGCAAUGGAUGUGCAGAUGAACCAACCACAUGUAAAGGAUACAAGACAAAAGAGGUAUGUUAGAGUUUAGUGUCCAAUCCAAGCAAUAUUGUAUUGUGUGGUUGGAAUGGUUGUGAAAGUAGAACUUGUUCGAAUGCACCCAUAUUGGCUUCAGGAUAGAUAUACACUCAUGUGUCAUGCAGUUCAUAUUUAAAUACAUGUACAUUGAAUGCUGAUUAGACUGGAUGUGUUGCCAAAUUUACAUCCUGUACUGAUGUUAAUAGUUAAGUGUAAUGUGGAGAAACAGUCUUAGUAAAUGGAGCCAGGUGUUAUUAUGACGUGUCAACUGACAACUACUUCUGUAGAGACUUCAAAUGUACUGAUGAAACCUCCUCAUUAAUGACCCAUGUCAAAUGCUAGAACCUAAGUAAUUAAUGUACUCUUGCUGAAAGUGGAAAUGGUUGUGUUGAUCUCUUAAGUGCUUGUUCAGACAUUAAAGAAACCCAAUAAUGUGAGGGAAUCGUCUUGAGUGGAAAUCGUUUAUGUAGUUGGGAUACAAAUCCUACUCCCGAUUCUGAUACUCAAAUCCCUGUUUGUAAAGAUAGAGCGUGUAAAUUCAGUCCUCUAAAAGACACAGCAGAUAACUGUGAGAAAUACUUAUCAACCUGCACUUUAGGUGAUCCUGAUCUGGGAUGUAUUGAUAAACCUGCAUCUUGCAAUGGUCUGAAUCAAAAACAAUGCAGCAAUGUCAAGUUAGUUAAUGGAACAUACUGUUCAUUUGAUAGUACUAUCGCAGAUGAAACCUAAUAAUGUCAUGCUAGAAUUUGUGCUGAUGCUCCUACUAAGUAUCAGACUGAUGCUGAUUGCAGAACUUGGCUACCAAAUUGCACAGUUAAAUCUGAUGAAUCUGGAUGUGUAGAUGAACCUAGUGAUUGUUCGUUAAUGAUGAAACUGUAAUGCUAUAAACAAUCUGUCAAAUCUGUUACUUGCUUCUGGAAUGCCAAUGCCAAUCCUGCCAGUUGCAGAGUAGCACUCUGUACUGAUGCAAGCACUAGUUUAUACACAAGUGAUGCUCUCUGUAAAGCCUACAGAUCUGAUUGUACUGUCGCUAAGGCCAAUGGUUGCAUUACAUAACCAACUUCCUGUGCGUCUCUGGAUCAAGAUCAUUGUCCCAAAGUAACUAUCAAUGCAGCAAGCAAAGAUGCUAGUGAAAACAAGUGCAGUUGGAGUGCCUCAUCUUCAGCCUGCCAGGAUAGAGUUUGCACUGAUGCUCCCACCACUAUUAUAACAGAAGAAGGCUGUAGAAGUUGGCUCAAGACUUGUACUCUUGGAUUAACCAAUUAAGGUUGCAUCACUGAGUAGACCACAUGCGAUUUAGUCUAAACAUAGAAUCAAUGUUAAGUGUUAUCUAAUGGUACUAAGUGUGGAUGGAAUACUGGCUGUGUAAAUAGAACAUGUUCCAAUGCUCCAGAUACUUAUAUUACUGAUGACUAAUGCAGAGCCUAUCUUUCAACAUGUACUGUGUAAGCAGAUGGAACUGGCUGUGUUAUUAGAGCAUCGAAAUGCACUGAUAUUUUAGUAGAUAAAUAAUGCAUUAAAAUAAACGAUAGUAAAUUAUGCCAAUGGAAUUCAGUUAAAUUAAAGUGUGAAGACAGAGCUUGUACUAAUGCUCCGACUACUCUAAUAAAUCACACUAUGUGUUAAGAUUUCCUGCCUACUUGCACUGUCAAAGCAAGUGGAACUGGUUGUUAAACACUACUUGAUAAAUGUUCAGCAUACACUGUCAUAAAGCAUUGUGUAUAAACAACAAGUGGUUCUGGUUGCCAAUGGAUUCUGAUCUCAGGAACAGGAUAAUGCGUUGACGUUUAUGAGACCUGCUCAUCCUAUACUAUGGAAUCCUCUUGCACUGCACAAAGAGAUAAAUCUAAAUGUAUUUGGUUGAAUGGAUCUUGUUAUAAUCGAGAAUGUCAACAUGCACCCAAAUCCUAUUCAACUCAUGAACAGUGUCAAGAGUAUGGAAAUUGUACAACUAAUGGCCAAGGAUGCAUAAAUUAUAUACCCUGUGAUCAAUAUAAAUAUGCAGCUUCUUGUGUAAAAGGUCUCAAUGGAAGUUGUAUACUUGUUAACUAAUGUCAAAAUAUCGGUUGCGAUUUAGCCCCAACCACCUAUAAGACUCACUCUGAUUGUCAAGCCUUUCUUUCCACUUGCACCACGAAUGGAAAUGGUUGUAUUGAAAUCAAGAGAUGCCAAGAUGCUUAUGUCGAAGAAGCCUGUAAGAUCAAUGCAAGUCAGAAGGAAUGCGCUUGGGUUAAUGGAAUUUGCUAUGAUAAAAGUUGUGAUACUGCCGAUGCGACUAUUCAAUCAGAAAAAGGAUGCAUUGAAUACUAUUCAUAAGGCAAUUGCACCACUAAAAAGGGAGGAGGUUGUGUUACAAAAGGUAAAUGUAAGGAUGCACAAGUAGAAGCAGCAUGCAUAUCCUAAUAUGAUGGAUAGAAAUGCUCAUGGCAAAAUGGAACUUGCUAAUUGAGAUCAUGUACAGACUUAUUGGGUUAUGAUCAUCAGACGUGUAAUACAGCUUAAGCUGACUGCACAACAGAUGGAUUUCAAUGUACAAUGAUGAAAACAUGUUCGAAUACUUCAAUCCAAUAAGCAUGCUUAAAGGGAACUGAUGGACCAUGUAGAUGGAGUGAAGACAAAUGUCUUAAAUACACAAAAUGCUCAGAUCUCAUUUAUUCUACCCAUGUCCAAUGCAACUCUAUCCAUCCUUAAUGUACCACCAAUGGAAUGAAUUGUGUUGCCAUUACUAAGUGUUCUAAAACACCUAAAAUUGCUUGUUUUGUUGGUACAACUAAUAAUUCAAUUGGAAAAUGUAUUUGGACACCGACAACUGUGAAAGCAUCUGCUCCAUAUUAAUGUAUCGAUUUCACUGAUUGUGCAAAUGCUCUAUAUCUAAAUCACAAUGAUUGCUAUAACUAUUCUCUUGGUGAAUGUACAAGUGAUGGUGUCAAUGGUUGUAUUAAAUUGGAUAACUGUGCAAAAUAUACUGUUGAAUCUGCCUGUUUCAUUGAUAAAGCAGGAAAGUCAUUAAAUUCAGCCGGAGCUGUUACAGCAACAGGUAAGUGCAAAUGGUCAACUGAUAAAUGUGUUGCUUAAGGUUGUGCUGAUAUUGUUGGAUCUAGUCAUAGUGAUUGCAAUGGUUAAUUGAGUACAUGUACUUAUAAUGGAAAGAAUUGCGCUGUGUAAGGUACAUGUAGCAGUUAUACUACAAAUGAUUCAUGCACAGUUGCCACAGGAACAGAUGGAAAAUGCAUUUGGGACAGUAAUGCAUGUUCAGCCAUGAAAUGUGAGGAUUAUCCAGUCACCUUAUGUUCACUCUAUUCAUCCACUUGCAUUCAAGAUGGAUCAACUUGUGUUUCCCUUAAGGAUUGCACUUCAUACAAAACUCAAACAGCUUGUGAUUAUGGUAGUCCAACUAGUGUUUGUGCAUGGAUUGUUACUACCACUAAUAACAAAGGUAAAUGUGUCGAGGUGACUACUUGCACCAUUGCGACUGUUUAUGAAAAGGCAUGCAAGAAAUUGUCAGAUAGAUGCUAUUGGUAAUCUAUUACAGUUGCCAACUCAACAGAACAUAUUUGUGCUCCUAAAACUUGUGAGAUACAAACUAGUACCACUUGUACAGGGUUCUAUGAUUGGUCACUUAAAACUUAUACUGUGUGUUAAUUCAGUGCAUAAGGAAAGUGUGUUUCGACUGAUCCCACUAGUUUGAAUUAGAAUGAUUGUCCACUGGCUACCUUAUAUUAAUACACCUGGAAUCCGACUACAAAUAAAUGCACUAUUUGCAAUGUAGUUCAAACCAACAAUUCUACACAAUCGAACCAAUCAAAUACAACUGAAGAUAGUUCAGCAGUCAUCUUAUCAAUUGUAAUUCUUCUUGGAUUUGUAAUUUGA